CUUAUCUUGAGGGUAGUGGUGAAUAUUCAUACAUAGUUAUCGUUGACUGUGAUGCGCCAAUACAUAACUUAGUUCGUGUCCAUCCGAGCUUUGUGUCACCUGCACAAUUGUGAACCUUGUAGAAAAAUAUAUUUUGUGCUAUUCCUACGCUUCGGUGAUCAGAGGUUCAACUUAUUAGGUCAUAUAAGCCGAGCAUCAUGCCGAUCAUACAGUCUUGUUGCUGUUGGCGCAGCCUUCGCCGAGGCUGCUACGCCUCAGCUAUUUAUACAAUGGUGUACUUUUCGGUCACAAUUGUGACAAUGGGGCAUUUCAUCGAUAUGGAACAACGCUACCUAACCGGUGACGCGACCGAGCCUACAUCGGAAAGCUUCUUGGAACCGGAGAAGAUUACACCGAGGUUUGGUGAUGUAGACAACGAGGCAGCCCCUUGCGUCGAAACUAGGCCUGUAAGACGAAAAAGAUCGAAGAAAAACCAUCAGAACGUGUUGGAGAGAAACAGCACCGAGACGAAAGAAAAUUUGAUGAAAUACUUGAUACUCGCAGGACAUCAAAUAUUUGCUGCUUCCAUGGGUGGUGGCUAUGGGGUUGGAGACUGUUGUGGAAGUCAUCAAUUUGAUCUACUUAUUCUACUUGCAAACUCCGGUAAACAAGCAGACGGAACACCAGAAGCGUUACAAGUGCGUUACUGUCCUUUUGGGUAUCAGGAGUUUGAGGAUAGUUGGGGAUUCAGGGAAUGGGGAAAGGGGGGUGGGUUAAAUUUCAACCCCAUAACCUCAUUCCUGUUUACGCUGGACUUCUUCAUCAUAGUGCUGAACAUCUAUGCCAUGGUGUGCGUAAUCUCGCAAUUCCAAGAGUACCUCGACGGUCGUGGAACUGCUGCUUUCGAAAACGUUGAUCGGAAUACGGUGCAGUACACAGCAACGGCUCAACAGACUACUACCACCAGUUCUGCUCCAAGUGGCCGCCGCCGCUCCGCUGCACGACCCAUGCCAAGCCGUUGUGACCCUGAGGAAUUCUCCGAAGCGCCCACCAAAAUUAUCACUCCACGACAAAUAUCGGACGAAUACACAGAGCCACGACCUCAGACCAGCCAAAGUACGUUGCCUUCUGUCCUGUCGAGACCAAGCCGCUCCGCCGUGAAGAAGCACGUACAGUUCCCUGAUGAACAAAGCUGCAUCGAAGAAGCAAUUGAAGCACCUCAACCAGGUCCCAACGAGAAACCGGGUGAGACCAUUUUCCCAAUGUGCCCCUGCUCAUGCCAUAUAUUUCCCAGAGGCACGCGUCAUCUCCUCUUUGUGGAUGGAAUUGGAGUCGGAAGCUCCGGUGCCAGAGCGCUGACGCCGGCGGAGCGAGCAGUACUACCGGCCAGUUUCCCGAGCUCGAAACGAGCGUCGGAAAAUGUCCGCAGCCGGAGUACCGCCCGCCGACGACUCCCAGAAGGAUUCCCUCUAAACUAACCGACCACUGGACGCAAGAUUAACCUCGAUCAACAUGAAGCUAAUUGGCUGUACGCAAGCAGGGUAAUGCGAGGCUAAUUGAAUUUGUUCCAAAAACAAAGCUAUUUUAUCUGUAGACGUAUUCUUAAAGACUUUAGUCGAUUGUUGCCAACAAGGUACGCUAUCCUAAGCUGAAAUUAAACCUUUUAUUUAACAUGUUUCAAAAAUUUUAAAAAUAAGUUUUUAACUUAAAGAUUCAUGGUAAACUUCUCGUCAACUUUUUACGAAAGUAACGUCUCGUGUCAUUGCGUACCUGUAGUCUUAAUAAAAUACUUACUUUUAGUUCUACUAAUUGGAUUUAGCCUGGAGGACUCCGUUCCUCAACGUGAUUGAACGCAUUUACCCGUUUCGUAUGAAAAUUAGAUUCAAAGGCAAAUUGUACUAUUGAAUUACUGAAAUGUCAUUAGCUGGAAUACGAUAUACUUAAAUUGUCUUUAAAAUGUAAUACAUAAACAUAACCCAUUUAUCGGAACAAGUAUAAAAUAUCAUAUUUAUAUUAAUUAUCUAAGUAUUAAGAGCGCUGUUUCAAUUUUUUCGUAGUUGAUAGUUUGUAAUCGGUUAUAAGUAGAUGGCUACUUUGUUUCGAUACUUUUGCCGUGUUCCCACCUUUUGUUACAUUAUGUUGCAUAGAUUAAAUACCUUAUUUUGGUCAUUUUACGUACUUAAUAAGUGUUAGAAAUUAAACACCUAUUUAUAGUCACGUGUAACAAUAUGUGGGUAACCAGCAAAAUGGUUAAAAAAGAAGUAAUGUAGCUGAACCCAACCUCACUUUCGUCUUUUUUAAAUCGGAUUACAAGAAUCCGCCUUUAAAUAUUUCGGGCAUUGGGUUACCGAUGAUUUAAAAGAUAACGUCGACAUGGAGAGGGAACGCAGAGCAUUGUCAGUUUGUGCGAAUAUAUUCGCACGCAGAUUCUCUCGUUGUACAGACGCUGUUAAAAUAACUAUGAUCACGGCGUAUUUCACCUUACUGUACACGGUUAGUCUGUGGGUUAACUAAACCCAGAGAGAGUACAAUGCUCUGCGGAUCCAGUAUAAUAAUGCAUUCAGGACACUGUUGCGGCUCCCACGUUUCUGUAGUGCGUCAGCAAUGUUUGCUGAUGCUCAUACCGAUGGAUUCGCUUCGUUAUGGCGCAAAAAGACUGCAUCGCUCAUCAGUCGCCUGCGUGGAAGUCGCCACAGUAUCCUGACUGCCAUAGCCGGUAGACAUGACUGUCAAUUCAUGUGGAAAUUAGUGCAGCGGACUAAGUCCCUGUUUACUAUUGCUUAUUAAUAAGUAUUGUACCUAAAUAGUUAUAUAGUUAUGUAUGAUUAUGUUCUUCCUUUACUAUUAGAUUGAUGGAUCUCAGUUAUCUGAAUAAAUAGACUAUUACUACAUAUUAUUUUUUUACCAUUCACAACAUACCACGGCUGACGUAGCUGGAUUUGGACAUAUAACAAUAUUGAUAUCCCAGAUGUGUCACUUGUUCCGGAGGUUGUACGCCGGGGUCGUGCGGUCCAUGGCUCUCUACGGCGCCCCUGUGUGGGCGCCGAACCUGAUGCGGCGGCCCGCUCGGGCGCUGCUCACAUCACAGAGGGUCAUGGCGAUCCGAUUGAUACGCGGAUAUCGCACGAUCUCCGGGGAGGCGGCGAACCUCCUUGCCGGAUUACCGCCGUGGGAUCUGGAGGCGAAGGUGCUCGCGCGCGUGUUUUGUUUGCGCGCGGAGGCACGUCGCCGGCGCGAAACUCCGCUGCCGCGCCAGAUUAAUGCGUGGCGGGAUGAGCUCCGGCGUGAUCUCAUGGCGGAAUGGCAGCAACGACUGUCGCAACCGAAGGCUGGGCUCGCUGUCAUUGCAGCGGUAAGUCCCCUCUUUGAGGAGUGGCUUGAGAGACGCUACGGCGUCCUCACCUACCGCCUGACGCAGGUGCUUACCGGACACGGAAGUUUCGGUAGGUUCCUGUUUCGGAUUGGGCGGGAGGAAACGCCCGGGUGUCAUCACUGCGAGGAUCGCCCGGAGGACACGGUGGAGCAUACGGUGGCGGUGUGUCCUGCGUGGACUGAGCACCGCCGUGUCCUCAGGAAUGUGAUCGGCGACGGCGACCUCUCGCGUCCGGCUUUGGUUCAGACCAUGGUACGGAGCGAGGGGGACUGGGAUGCCGUCUCCUCCUUCUGCGAAGCAGUCAUGCUAGCUAAGGAGGAGGCCGAGCGCGUGAGGGAACGAACCUCGUCACGACCCGGCCGUCGUGAGAGACACUCCGGGCGUCGGGGAUCGCGAGACGAUCUCCGGCCACCGUAAGCACGGGCCUGCGGACGGCGAGCAUGGGUGACUCGCCCAGAACCAGGCCCGAGCGUACGGCGCGUCGCGUUCCGCACGCGCCUUAAGGAGCCAUCAGACCACCACAGAUGGGGCCUAACAAGGCUGAUGCCGAUACGGAGCCGCGGUAGACUUAACGGGUUGCCGGGGCUCCGGCUCGAAGUGCAGGAGUAGGAACGGGGUGGUUUUUAGUCAGUAAGAGUCUGACACUCCCUCCCACCUCACCCAGGCGGGAGAAGUCAUCGGAUGAUUUACCCCCCUCAAAAAAGAAAAAAAAGAUGUGUCACUUGUUAGUUGCCAUUUGAGGGUAAGAUAAAAUAAAUCUUACGUGCCAAUAAAUAAGGCACACUUUUACAUUAGAUUCCUUUAUAUCUACGACUGGUGCCCGAAACCUAUAAUUCUACUUUGAGACGAUCUGAUUACUUACGUAUGAGGAAAUCAUUUAAGUGUAACAAUGGACUACAUUUUUUGCACGUGACUAAACGUUGAUCUGGCAAACAUUGCCUCGGCUCGUGUGAGGUAUAUUUAACAACCUGUUUGAGGCAAUUUGUAACAGUUAACGUUUUAUAGGUAAAUAGUUAUUUAAAUUUAUCUGUUGUGUUCAUUGUUGUUGUGUUAUUGAAAUGUUAUGUUAUGUUACCGCAAGUAAAGUAUUUAUCUAAUAUAGUUAAGCAUAAUAUCUUCAAGUAGGUAUUUAAUAUUAUAUUAGUGAACUAUGAAAUAAACUGAUUAGAUAUAAAAGUAUAAUAUUUAGGAGUGUUCGUAAGAGAAAUAUUCGAGACUUGACUCAAAAUUUUAUGAAUUUAUAAAUUUUCGUAAACUUGGUGAACAGUAUCGGCCGAAAGUCCUUUGGAGCCUA